AUGUUUGAUGAAUUUAAUCAACAGUUUCAUUUUGACCUUAAUGUAUUGACAAAUGACAGGAAAUCCGUUUUGGAUAUUGCGCGUGAACAAGGGCAUGAUUAUUUUUGGACACAUGUAAAUAGUUUGAUCAACAAUGAUAAUCAACAGUCAAAAUUUUGUUCACCAAAAGAUCAAACACAAGCACAUAAUCAAGCAUCCGUUUUGGUAAAUAAGUCACAGAGCAGUGUUGAAAUGAUGAAAAGUCUCCAGUUACCCGAAAAUGAAGAGUUGAUUAGAUUAUUAACUUGUCCGUUAUCCGGUAAACUACUAGAAGUUCCAGUUAUGGCUGCUGAUGGUUACACAUACGAAAAAGAGAAGAUUCUUGAUUGGUUUAAAACGUCGAAUAAAUCACCCGUAACAAAGGAAGUCUUGAAAAAUAAAAAAUUAAAAUUAAAUAUAACUAUAGAAAAUAUUAUAAAAGCAGUUGGCUCAAAGAAAAAGUAA